AUGUAUAAGUGGAAGAGUUUAUUGUAUGCCUUGCUAAUAGCAGGCGCCCUAAUCGUCACUUGUCCACCUGCAACACAGGCGACAUACGAAGUGAAUUUGCUGCGCUUACGAAGUGAACCGAUUGCGCUUUGGCGUCAAUCGCAAAAUACUUUCAUACAAUGGGUGCUUUCGCUUUUGCCCAAUCGUCCCGCCAUACUGGGAGGUCCCGGCGUCACAACAGCGUCGCCCGAUGGCUUAACUAGCACCACAGAGUUGCCACUAAAGCCUCAGCCAGCUACCGCUACGCCUGCUACAACUACCAACACUACCCCAGAGCCCACUACGCCCGCGCAACCCAGCUCUACGGCAGCGCCGGCCACUAGUACCACCACUAUAGCGCCCAGCACCACAACCGCUGCUCCACCGGUCGUGCUUAAUCCACCGCGCAAUUGUACGGAAUGCGUCUGUGGCAUUGCCAACACACAAAAACGUAUAGUAGGCGGCCAAGAGACCGAAGUUCACCAGUAUCCUUGGAUGGCUAUGCUGCUCUACGGCGGUCGUUUCUAUUGCGCUGCUUCGCUCAUCAACGAUCAGUUCCUUUUAACGGCUUCCCAUUGCGUUUAUGGUUUUCGCAAGGAACGUAUCAGUGUGCGUCUACUGGAGCACGAUCGUAAAAUGUCCAACUUUUUGAAAAUUGAUCGGAAUGUGGCAAAUAUUACCACGCAUCCAAAGUACAGUGCACGCACAUAUGAUAAUGACAUCGCCAUCAUACAGUUGGAUAAGCCGGUGGAGAUGACAGAACUUCUGCACCCAGUUUGUAUGCCCACACCGGGCAAGUCCUUCAAGGGUGAAACGGCUAUUGUGACUGGCUGGGGUGCCAUUAAAGUGGGUGGACCAACAGCAGAUACGUUGCAGGAAGUUCAGGUGCCCGUCAUGUCGCAAGAGGACUGCCGCAAAUCGCGCUACGGACCAACACGCAUCACGGACAACAUGCUCUGCGCUGGCUUUGACGAAGGCAAAAAAGAUUCCUGCCAAGGUGACAGUGGCGGACCACUACAUGUUGUAGCGCCAGGUACCAGAGAACAUCAAAUUGCUGGCGUAGUCUCUUGGGGUGAGGGCUGCGCCAAGGCGGGUUUCCCGGGAGUUUAUGCGCGCGUCAAUCGCUAUGGAACUUGGAUUAAGACCGUCACUAGAAAUGCUUGCCUUUGCCACUCGGAGACGAAGAAGAUAAAGAACAAAAAUAUGACUUACAAAUUCUGCUUGCUUGCUGUGCUCAUCAUUAUUCCCAACGCGCAGUUGACGAGGGCUUCAGAUGCAUCACCCACCGACCCAACACCAAGUGCUUUACGGCAGGAUAAUUUCAUCGAAUGGAUUACUUCAAUAUUCCGUCCAACCACCACAACAUCCACGCCCAGUUCAACACCACCGACCACACCAACACGCAAUUGCCCAUCCUGCGCCUGUGGCACCAUAAACACCUUCCACCGCAUUGUUGGCGGUAUGGAGACCGAGGUAAAUGAGUCCUACUGCGGUGGCUCGCUGAUCAAUGAUCAAUAUGUGCUAACGGCAGCGCAUUGUGUGCGCGGUUUUAAUAAACGCGUUGUGUCAGUGCGUCUACUUUCGCACAAUCGUACCGAUGGACGUGUGAAUACGAUCGAUCGACAGCUGGAUUCGAUUGCAGUGCACGAUGGUUACAGUGGCAGGAAUUUGGAUAAUGAUAUUGCCUUGUUACGCUUUACGGAACCACUUGAACUGCGCGAGCCACUGAGACCCGUGUGUCUCGCCGAGUUCGGCAAAACCUAUGAAGACGAGAUUGCUGUGGUCACAGGCUGGGGUGCGGUGAAGGAAGGUGGCUUCAUAGCAGAUCGUUUGCAGGAGGUACAAGUGCCCGUCAUGUCACAGGAGACCUGCCGUAAGAGCAAAUACGGUGCCACUCGCAUUACGGACAAUAUGCUUUGCGCUGGAUUUGCUGAGGGUGGUAAAGACUCCUGUCAGGGUGAUAGCGGUGGUCCGCUACAUGUGCGCCAUAAUGACACGAAGACCUAUCAGCUGGCUGGCGUUGUAUCUUGGGGCGAGGGUUGCGCACGUCCUAAUGCGCCCGGGGUCUACACGCGUGUAUCGCAGUACCUGGAUUGGAUUGAGGAGCGCACGCGUGAUGCUUGUAAAUGUCAGCCGUCGAUGGGAGCAGCAAGUGGUGGAGGGGCUGGAGUUGGUGAAAGUAGCAGCACAGAAAGUGCAGGCGCGCAGAACAUUACAGAGAGUAGUACGCAGAGUGUGGCAGAUACCACUGCCACUUUAGGAGCAGGGGAAAGCAGUAAUGUUACAGAAGGGUCGAAAUUGUAA